AUGCGUCUUGUCAACGUCCUCGCCGUGCUGGGCUUUUGCUCCAGCACAGCUUUUUCUUCCGAGGGGGACGAGCUCUCCGAAGUGCAGGCACGGGCCAUAGAAGCCCUCCAGGCGGCGGAGAAGAACGGUACUUUUGGCAAGAGAGGAGAAUGCAACCUGUUCAACGCGCGAGUUCGCCGUGAUUGGAACUCGCUUUCCGGUUCGGAAAAGAAGGCCUACACGAGCGCCGUCAACUGUCUCUUGACACGGCCUUCCAAGCUCAGGGGCGACUUCGCGCCCGGUGCCCGCAACCGAUACGACGACUUCGUUGCCGCUCACAUCAACCAGACGCUGAGCAUCCACGCCACCGGGAACUUCCUCACCUGGCACCGGUACUAUGUGUGGGCUUACGAGAACGCUCUGAGGGAGGAGUGCGGCUACGACGGUUACCAGCCCUACUGGAACUGGCUCGCCUAUCGAGACGACCCGUCAAAAGCGCCCAUGUUUGAUGGCAGCGACACCAGUAUGAGCGGCGACGGUACUUUCAGAGCUCACAAUGGUAGUGUCGCGGCACGCGGCGGCGUCUGGAUCCCCAGUGGAAACGGAGGCGGGUGCGUCACAAGUGGCCCGUUUGCCAAUUAUCUCAGGAUCACUGACUACUUUCACGCCAGCAUGACUGUCCAUCUUGGCCCGGUCAGACCAGGUAUUGACGGUCUCCCCGUCAACCCCGGCGGUUCUUUCGCCUACAACCCCCGCUGCCUCUCCAGGGAUAUAAGUGCCUGGACGUCUCAGAAAUGGAUGAAUCCAUCGGACGUCUUGAAUUUGACCAUCGGAGCGGCUGCGAAGAACGUUCUCUCCUUUCAAGAUGAGCUGCAGGGUCGUUUCGGUGACGGUUUCCUGGGAACGCACACCGCGGGUCACAUGAUCGUCAACGGCGAGGCAUCCGACCUGUUCUCGUCCUCCAACGACCCUACGUUCUUCUUGCACCACGCCAUGGUCGACCGGGUGUACUGGCUCUGGCAGGCCCUCCACCUCGGCGAGGCCUUCAACAUUGCCGGAACCAUUACGAUUCUUAACAACCCUCCCAGCAGAGAUGCCCGCCUUGAUGAUGUUGUCAUCCAGGAGCCGAACGCUCCCAACCGACCGAUCAGCGAUCUGCUCAACACCAUUGGGGGCAGCCCGUUUUGUUACAUCUACCUCUGA